GAGAGAGAAUGGGGCUUCUCACGAACAAAAUGGAGAGGGAAGAGCUAAAGGUAGGAGAUCACAUCUACACGUGGAGAGCUGCUUUCACUUACUCUCACCAUGGUAUAUAUGUUGGGGGAAACAAGGUGGUCCAUUUCACUCGAGAGACAGGCUCCGAAAUGCCCCUUGACUCAUCAUCGAGCUCGAGCUCAAAGGAACCAUGCCCCACAUAUCCAGAUUGCGGGUUCCGGCAGCCCAACAGUGGCGUGGUCCUCUCGUGCUUGGACUGUUUCCUUGGCAAUGGAGGCCUCUACUGCUUCGAAUAUGAAGCCAAGCCCUCUGUGUUCCUUGCCAAGAUCCGGGGCGGCACGUGCACCACGGCUUCCUCUGACCCACCCGAGAUAGUGAUCCACAGGGCUAUGUACCUCCUCCAAAAUGGCUUCGGCAACUAUGAUGUGUUCGAGAACAAUUGUGAGGAUUUUGCUUUAUAUUGCAAGACGGGCCUGCUUGUGCUGGAUAAGUCGGGCUUCGGGAGAAGCGGGCAGCUUUCAUCUCUUAUAGGGGCUCCUUUGGCUGCCGUUCUGUCCUCUCCCUUUAAGCUUUUAAUGGCUGGGCCUGUGGGCAUGGCUACUGUCACUGCUAGUGUGUACUGUAUGAGCAGGUAUGCAACGGACAUCGGGGUUAGAAGUGAUGUUGCUAAGGUAGAUGUGGAGGACUUAGCUGUAAACCUUGGGUGGGUUGAAUCCCCUUCCAAUGAAGAAGUGGCAAGAGAGGAGGAUUUUGAUGGUGGAGUCUCGGAUAAGUACACUGAUGAAGUUUUGAUGGACCAGUCUGCUUCGAGCUGAUGGGUAUGCUCUAUGCUUUUAGUUACAUUGUUUGCGUGGGCAUGCACUUGUUAAUGGGUUUUCUCUCCUUUUUUCUCUUUUCUGUUUUUUGGG